AUGAUUCGGCAUUUAGAGCAUAGAACUCGAACACUGCCCGCUACCAACGCAUCGGCUGAAUUCAUUCUCAACUCGAUUGCCUUAGCAGAGAGCAGUCAAUAUGUAGCGGAGUUGGAUAGAUUUGUCCCGCUGCCAGAAGCGCAGCGUCAUGAAGAUGCAAUUCUUCGGCUCUGGGAAGACUCGAGCGUUGAAAAAGCGAAGUUGUUCGGCGCCAUGGAACAGCUCAGUCAAAAGUCGCGGGACCACGAAACACCGAAGACCGCGGCGACAGAACUUCGCAACUGUACUUGGGAGCAGGUAAUCAAGGAAGUUCAGGUUGCCGGCAACGCCUACAAUAAUGGAGGGAAAAUUAAAAGAAUCUUCAGGGGAAUGUGCGACAACGCCGCUGUCUUCGAGAACUGGCUCUCGCUCUUACCCGAUGGCGACUACGGGGCGAGUAUCAGUGGCGCUUUUAUAAUGAUCGUUAGGGCAGCCCACAAUUUGGGCGACGUUCAGAAGACCAUUCAUGAAACGCUUGCCAGCAUACCAGAUACAUUGGCGCAUGCAAAUGCGUACGUGGAGAUAUACAAGGCGCACUCGAGCGAAUCACUAGUUCAGAAGACAGCGGCUUUGUGCAAAAGUAUUAUGAUAUCACUCCAACUCAUUAUACAAUUCUUCCUCAAAGGCUCCUUUAGGAGAGGCGCAACCGCAAUAUUGAAAGGCAAUGCAUACGAGAAAGAGCUUAUGGAGAGCAUAUCGAAUAUUAAGAAUCAAGUUUUGACGCUUAGGGAGGAGGCGAAUCUCUGUCUACAGAAACGAAUAGCAGAGAUGGAUAGGAAAGGAGAUAUAAGAGCGAUCAGAGAACAAUCACGACAAGAACUGGCCAAGGAGGAGUUGCUUCUGGCAAUAGAUUUCAGCACCGAGGUCACGGCGCAGAAGGUCUGCACAUAUCUUCUUCGCCAAUUACAAGCAAGUCCCGAUUUCAAUGUGCGAACAGGCGGGCUCAAUUUACCGGUUGAAACUUCAAGUUGCUUGCAGAUUACAGAAGGGGAGGCUUCGCCCUCCGAGCCAGCUACACGCAAAAGAAAAGGUCCCAAGGUUAAGGAUUUGCUAUACAUGCUUGAAUAUGAUCAUGAACUUCAUCAAAAGGAUGCCGAGGACUGUCUCAGUCUCGGAUACACUCAAGAUGAUGCUGGCCAAGCCCGAGCAACCUGGGUCCUUCAUUCAACCGAGAUGGGUGAAUUCCUGGCAGGGAAGGUCGAAUCCCAGCUCCUCCUAAUUAACGGCAACUCUGAAGCCACCGAGUUCAUUUCUCCACUGUCGUUUGUUUGUGCAAAAAUCUCAGAUCUGAUCAGCGUUUCUAACCACGUCUUGAUUCUUACCCAUUUCUGCGGUCGUCAUACAGACGAAAUGCGGGAUUCCAAGGCGAAUGCGACGGGGAUGUUGGCCUCUCUUGUCGGACAGCUGUUGAUGCAAGUCAAAAGCUGGGGGCACAGAAAAUUCAAGUUGGAUUUGUCCUCAUUGAGUGACGAUGAUCUCAGCGAGACGGAAGAUCUGGGUGUGUUGUUCAAUACUUUCCGUACUGUUAUCGCGCAGCUGCCAAAAGGGACUCUCAUCUUCUGCCUCAUUGACAGCCUGUCUGCAUACGAGAACUCUACCAGAAAGGAGGAAACAAUUGAUUUCAUGCGAAAGCUAGCACGUCUUGUGAAGAAAUCAACACGCGUUGCGCUGAAGGUACUGGUCACAUGCCCGGGGCGAAGCAUGUAUGCAAGCAGUUGGGCAGAUUUCAAUGACAGAAAAUCACAAAUGCUCCAUGUACCCGAAGAUAUACUCGUAUAG